AUGCCUUUCACGAUGCGCUCCACUCUCCUGGUAUCAAGCAUGCUCUUCGCGGGCAACUCGAUCGCCAAACCUUUUGAAUUCCUCGCACCGCGGGCCUCUCUGACACUUGUAGGCUGCUACAGCAGCUCAGAAGGUCUCACCAAUCAAACAUCAUAUGAAUUCCAGAGUUCAGGAUGGUGUGAAGACAGAUGUGUUGAAUACAAUGCAGCUGUAUUUGCAUUGACUGCUGGUUCUGAUUGUCUUUGUGGAGAAGAACUCCCUCCCACAUCAGACAAGGUCGAUUCGAGCAAGUGCAAUACAGAAUGUGAUGGAUGGCCAUCAGAUAUGUGUGGUGGAAGUGGGUACUACUCCCUCUACACAACUGGCUUAGAAACCAAUGUUGGUACAUAUGGUAGUGAGACAGCGUCGGCGUCGUCGUCGUCAUCUACAUCGACGAGCAGCGCCAGCAAUAAUAACUCGACUGCUUCCCAUACCGACAAUACAGGAAGUACGGUCUCAACCAAUUCCGUUGGUGAGACAGUCACGAUGACGGCUGUUAGUCAUGUUCAAAAUGCCGCCGAUGCCCAAAAGUCAGAGACACAGAAAGCCAAAAGUGAACAUAACACAGCCUCGAUUGCCGCAGGUGUCGUGGUGGGUGUUGUUGGUGUCGCCGCUUUGGCUGGUGCGAUAUUCUUUUUCCACCGAUCUCGCAAGCAAAAGUCACAAGGAUUUGGUGGUGGUGCCCGAGGUUACGGUCGCAAUUCGCAGCUCCCCAUGACGGACUCGCGCUUUGAUGGCCAGUACAUGGCACAGCGCCGCCAAAGCAAUGGCAGUAUCGAUGAUGAUCACGACUUUUCUCGCCGAAUCCUGCAGGUCACCAAUCCUGACCGUUCCUAG